AUGGCUUCUACUCAAGAAAUUCAUCAUACACCUAUUGAAGGACAAGAUUUCAAUAUUCAAAGUGGUCAUUGUUUGCAGCCUACUAACCCAGAAACUUCCACGCACAAGCCGCAUAAGAAAUGUGUUGUUUGUGAGCCAGUUUGGAAGCAUAAACCACUGAAGAAAUGGUGCAAGCAUAAGCUGAAUAAAGACGAAUGUUCUUCCUCUUCUUCAAGUGAUUCGUGCCUGGAUAUUUCUUCAAGUGACUCGUGCCUGAGUUCUUCUUCUUCAGAAUGUGAUUUUGGUGCGGAUAGUUCUGAAUUAAAGCCUAUUUGCAAACAUAAACCGCUUAAGGAAUGUCAUUUUCCUGCUAAGUGUUUUGAAUCCAAGCACAAGUUGAAGAAGGAGAAAGGUAAUUUCGUUCAAGGAAAAAAAUCAAACUUCGGUAAUUGGAAGCACAAAUCGAAGCACUUUGAAUGCGAGCAACAAUGUACUGGGAGCUUAGAAUGCAAGUUCAAACCUAAGAAAACUGGAGUUUGCACAGGCAACAUUCAAGAUUGUUUAGUUUGUGAAGGUCCAAACUGCCCAAGUAAUGAGUGUGUACAUUGUGUAGGGGAUGUUCACAAAUGGUUCGAUUGCGAAGACAGGUUUAGACGGUGCUUAAUUUGUAAACAAGAAUUUUGCAAUUUGACUUGUGAAUGCCUUGAACAUUCUCAUUUCGGUUUGUAUGCACUUAGAAUGUUCUUGAUUAGAAGAUGUCGUUUUUUUGGUUGUCAUAGGUUAUGGGCAAAGCCAGGGCCAGAUCCAUGUCAAACGCCACAACCAACAAAGUUUUGA